AUGGCCGUCAAGAAGACCACUACCGUCGCUGCUUCCAAGAAGCCUGCUGCUCACCCCACUUUCCUCUCCAUGAUUCAGGAUAAAAGCCAACUGACACAUUCUCUUUUGCAGGAGUGCAUCACCAACAACAAGGAAGAUGUCCGCAAGGGUGUCUCCAGGCCUGCCAUCAAGAAGUACCUUGCCGAAACUUUCAAGCUCGACAUGAGCUCUGCGGCAAACAUCAACAACCUCAACAGCGCGAUCAAGCGAGGAGCUGAGAAGGGCGAGCUUAUCCUCCCUUCCGGUACUGCUGGAAAGGUCAAGAACGCUCCCAAGCAGAAGAAGGCUUCCGACGACAAGGAGAAUGUCGCCCCUACCACCAAGAAGGCUGCUCCCGCUAAGAAGGCUACCACUGUCACCAAGAGUGCCUCCAAGCCCGCUGUCAAGGCCGCCGCUCCCGCUGGCAAAAAGCCCGCUGCAAAGAAGGCGUCCACUACCACCAAGGCUGCUCCUAAGGCCGCCCCCAAGGCUGCUUCUACUACCAAAGCCGCCCCUAAGAAGACUGUGGCGAAGAAGGCUGAGAAACCUGCUGCCAAGAAGACUUCUGCGCCCAAGAAAGCCCCUGCUGCCAAGGCCGCUGCUGGAGCGAAGAAGACCUCUGCGCCCAAGAAGGCCCCAGCUGCCAAGGCUGCCGCUGCCCCUAAGAAGGCCAAGAAGGUCGCCACUAAGGCUUAA